AUGGUAGUCUUUAGAACAGAAGUGCUUGGUAUUGGUAGUUCAGGACUAGUUUUGUGGUCUAAAGUGAUGGACACUGAUCCACCUAAAGAACAUGCACAAAACCCCCAAAAUAAAGCCAAGCAUUUGAUGACCUUAGAUAUGCUCUCAGUACAAGGCAAUACUGGUCCUAGAUGGGAGAACAAAACAGAAAAAGGUUUCUUUAGAGGGCGUGACAGCCGAAGAGAAAGACUGAAUUUGAUCAAACUUGGACGGAAGCAUCCUGAUCUUAUUGAUGCUGCAUUGACAAACUUCUUUUUCUUUAGAGAUGAAAUGGAGGAAUAUGGACCUAAAAUACCUCAUAUUUCAUUCUUUGAUUUCUUCAAGUUUAAGUACCAGAUUAACCUUGAUGGCACCGUAGCAGCAUAUCGUUUCCCAUACUUGCUUAUCAGUGAUGCAGUGGUUUUCAAACAUGAAUCUCCGUAUUAUGAACAUUACUAUGGUGACCUGCAACCAUGGGUGCAUUAUAUACCAUUCAAGUUAGAUCUCAGUGAUCUUGUAGAAAAACUACAAUGGGCUAAAUCACACGAUAAAGAAGCACACAAGAUUUCUCAAAAUGCACAGCAAUACGCAAGAGAAAACCUUAUGUCUAAUGAUUUGUAUUGUUAUCAUUAUAAACUAUUCAAGGAAUAUGCUGCAAGGUUAAACAGAAAACCCAAGAUCCAUGCAGGCAUGGAGGAAGUUCACCAACCUGAAGAUAAAAUGAAAUGUAUAUGUCAUCGUUUUUCAUCGGUAUGUAAAUGA